AUGUUCCUCCUGGCACGGUUACCAAGAUGGUUCUGCUUCAUUCUAGCUAUGGGUGUAUUCACCCCAAGCGAAGCAGCAAAUACGAAAGCCUGGAAGUCGCGGACAAUCUACCAGACCAUGACAGACCGGUUCGCGCGCACUGAUGGCUCUACAUCUCACAGCUGCAACACGACACAAGGUCUUUAUUGCGGUGGAACCUGGCGAGGAAUGAUAAACCAACUCGACUAUAUCCAAAACAUGGGUUUCGAUGCUGUUAUGAUCUCACCUAUCGUCAAAAACGUGGAAGGCCGUGUACCCUACGGCGAGGCCUAUCAUGGUUACUGGAUUGAGGACAUGUACACACUGAACUCGCACUUUGGAACCAAACAAGAUCUCCUUGAUCUGAGUAAGGCUCUGCACGAUCGCGGAAUGUACCUCAUGAUGGACACGGUGAUCAACAACAUGGCUUAUAUCAUCAAGGAUGGAGACUCCAUGGCUGAUAUCGAUUACUCGCGUCUCCACCCUUUCAAUGAUGCGAAAUAUUUCCACCCGUACUGCAAGAUCACGGACUAUGAUGAUUACCCACUUGCCCAGAAAUGCUGGACCGGAGACCAAAUCGUGCCACUUCCGGAUCUGAAGACGGAGGACAAGCAGGUACAAGCCAUGCUGCAGGAGUGGAUCAAAGAGACAAUCUCGAACUAUUCGAUCGAUGGGUUGCGUCUAGACGCCGCGAAACAUGUUACUCCGGACUUUCUGCCUGCGUUUCAAGAGGAAGCGGAUACGUUUAUCACGGGGGAGGUGUUCGACAAAUCAGUUAAAAAGAUCUGUGGCUACCAGGACAAGCUAACCAGCCUUCCGAACUAUCCCAUCUAUUAUUCUCUUCUGGACGCUUUCACCCUAGGCAAUACCAGCUCGCUCCCGAACCAGGUAGAAGUGAUGAAGAACAACUGCCCCGAUGUAACCGCAAUGACUUCAUUCUCCGAGAACCAUGACAUUGCUCGAUUCGCCAGUCUCAAAGACGACAUGACACUCGCCAAGAACAUCAUCACCUUCACCCUACUCUUCGACGGCAUCCCCAUGAUCUACCAAGGCCAAGAACAGCACUUCUCGGGCAGCCACGACCCCCAGAACCGCGAAGCCCUCUGGCUCUCCGGCUACGACACCCAAGCGCCCCUAUACAAAGCAAUCACCACGCUAAACCGACUCCGCAAGCACGCCUCCCGCGUCGACCCGGAAUACCUGAAUACCCAGACCUACCCAAUCUACAAGGGUCUCAGCGAGAUGGGAUUCCGCAAGGGCCGCGAAGGACAUCAGGUCGUGAUGUUGCUGUCCACGCAGGGGUCGCAGAGUGGCGAGUACACGGUCCGAAUGAUGAACGGAUACCAGCCGUCUUAUGUGGUCAUUGACGUGUUCACGUGCAAGACGUACACGAUUAAUGAUAUGGGGGAGCUGAGGCUGGAUAUGGACAAGGGGGAGCCGCGCGUGCUUUAUCCGACGAAUCUGAUGUAUGGGAGUGGGUUGUGUGGGUAUGAGAGUGCGAAUGUGUCGUAUCGGGAUUUUGAAAAAAAGAAGCCGAAUGCGUCGGCGUCGGCAUCUGCUUCUUCCUCGUCUUCUUCUGGUUUGACGUCGGGGUCUGGGAUCUCGGUCGUCUUGGACAGUCGCCGAUUCAUUUCAUGGGUUUGGGUGUCAUUGUUUGUCUACCAGGUUUUGUUCGUGGCAUAG